GAGCUGCGGGUGUUGUGGGAACAUCUCAGCUGCCGAAGCUGGCAUCACCUCCAGCACUCUACACUCUGCUUCUCAUUCGGGACGGACAAGUUCCACUAUUGCACCACUGAAGACCGUCUUCAGUCCUCUGGCACCUUCGGAUCACCUUUCCACUAUCCAACAUAAUAUCUCAGUGAUUAUCACUACAGAGAGGAGAUUAAGUGUGCUGAGAAAGAUCAGGAAGCUUGGGGUUUGUUCUGUCCGGUCAGACUGCUGAUUCGUACAGAGGAUAGAGGUAGCUCACAGCAGCGGCCAUGACCAAAAGCAACGGGGAGAACCCGCGCUCUCGCAGCCGGGUGCAGAGGAUCCGUGAGGACAUCCACCUGCGCUCCCUGAAGGCCAAGAAGAAAGUAGAGGACAUCACCAAAGACGACGUUAAGACCUUCUUGAGGAGGAAUGCCUUUGUGCUCUUUACCAUCGGGGCAGUUGUUCUUGGCAUCAUACUUGGAUUUGCCCUGCGGCCUUAUAAGAUGUCCUACAGAGAGGUGAAAUAUUUCUCCUUCCCCGGAGAGCUCUUAAUGCGAAUGCUCCAGAUGUUGGUCCUCCCCUUGCUGGUGUCCAGUCUGAUCACAGGCAUGGCAGCGCUUGACAGUCGGGCUUCAGGGAAGAUGGGGAUGCGAGCCGUGGUGUACUACAUGACCACAACAUUCAUCGCUGUGUUCAUCGGAAUCAUCAUGGUCCUCAUCAUCCACCCUGGCAAAGGCUCCAAAGAUGAGUUUACUCAGCAGCAGAAAAUUGAGCAAGUCAGCCCAGCUGAUGCCUUCCUGGACUUGAUCAGAAACAUGUUUCCUCCCAACCUGGUUCAAGCUUGCACACAGCAGUUCAAAACCCAGUAUGGCAAAAGAGUUGUACAUGUGAAGGUGAUAGUGAACGAGAGCAUUUUUAAUCUGACCAAUGCCACCCAAGAGAUUGCUCAUGAAGAGAUAGUCCCAAUCUCUGGCACCACAAAUGGAGUCAACGCCCUCGGGCUGGUCGUGUUCUCCAUGUGUUUCGGCCUGAUCAUUGGGAAUAUGAAGGAGGAGGGCCAAGCACUCAGGGACUUUUUCGACUCCCUCAACGAGGCCAUCAUGCGUCUGGUCGCCAUCAUCAUGUGGUAUGCGCCUAUCGGUAUCCUCUUUUUGAUCGCUGGCAAAAUCGUGGAAAUGGACGACAUUACUGAAAUGGGAGGGCAACUAGGCAUGUACACCGUGACGGUCAUCAUAGGCCUCCUAAUCCACGGCAUUGUUAUUCUACCCACUCUCUUCUUUGUCAUCACCCGGAAGAACCCCUUCAUCUUCAUCACUGGCUUAUUGCAGGCCCUAAUCACCGCCCUGGGGACGUCGUCCAGUUCAGCCACUCUGCCCAUUACAUUCAAGUGCUUAGAGGAGAACAAUAAAGUUGACAAGAGGGUGACCCGCUUUGUGCUGCCAGUUGGCGCUACUAUCAACAUGGACGGAACUGCACUGUAUGAGGCGCUGGCUGCCAUCUUUAUCGCCCAGGUCAACAACAUGGAGAUGAACUUUGGACAGAUCAUAACUAUUAGCAUCACAGCCACAGCUGCCAGUAUUGGAGCUGCUGGAAUCCCCCAGGCUGGACUGGUCACCAUGGUCAUCGUGCUGACCUCUGUCGGCCUCCCCACUGAUGACAUCAGCCUCAUCAUCGCAGUUGAUUGGUUCCUGGACCGACUGCGCACAACGACCAACGUGCUGGGCGACUCUAUAGGAGCAGGCAUCGUGGAGUUCCUGUCCCGAGAUGAGCUGCAGAACGGUGAUUUGGAGAUGGGCAACUCUGUAUUGGAGGAGAAUGAGGUGAAGAAACCUUACCAGAAGAUUCCUCAAGAGAACGAGUACGAGAACGAGAAACCUCCAGACAGCGAAACCAAGAUGUAGUGACUCCCAGAAGUUGUGGUGUGCAUGCCCAAGCAGGGAUUUCUUUGUGUGUGUAUGUGUGUGUGUGUGUGUGUAUGUGUGUAUGAGCAUGACUGUUUUUCCUGUUGUUCAUUGGCUACUUUUGGUACUUUGCCAUUCCUUUAUGUUUAGUGUGUUGUAUCUCUGUCACAUUUCCAUUAUUCAUCAAUUCCUCGUUUUACAUUAAUCAUCAACCGUGAAUCAUUUUAAGACUUAUUGGUUAUAUCAUAACUGGACACGCUGUAGAAAAGGAACUGAAAUCCUGCUGGAAUUUGACAGUUUUGACACUAGAGAAGGUUUAGACAGGUAAGACAAGACAGUGGAGUAUGGAAUGUAAAGUAGUGAUGAGAUUGUGAUAAAAACCUUGAUGUUUAACCUGAAGAGUGUAACGUAACUGAAUGGAAACUAGAGGGUCAUGUGUCACAUAACUGAAUAGCAUCCAGUGAUAUAAACACAAAAACACAUUUUUAUGUAGUAUCUUGACAAUUUAUUGAUCGAUUGGACAAAUGAGGUGAUUAAUAAUUUGUCCAAAGCAUUGCACUGGGGGUUAGACUAAAAUUACAGGCAGUUCAUUUGAUAUUUUCGGCUCCUAACAUCCAGCAGUAAAAUUACAAUUAAAAAGAUGCGUUUAUUAAACACUGCACAACGCCUGCUUGCUCCAGUAUGUUGCCAGUGUGUUUAAAACCACCAGUUUAAACUGUUUCUAGUGAGGAGUCAACUAGCUUUAUAAGGCUUUGAUUUAUUCACUCAGUCAAAAAAUAUGUUUCUUUUACUGUUUGCUUUUCUUUGCAUUGUCUUUGUACUUACCUUGUCUUUACUGUAACGCUGGAAGUAUCAGAAUGUUCACAGUAUUUUGAUACACAUCCCGGUUACAGUGUUAAUUUCCCUCGCAUAUCUCUAGGACAUCCUGGUAGCACACUUGAAACACUCAAAUGCUACACCUUUGCUGCCAUUUGCUAACAUAAAUAGUUUAUAUUAUAUAAAUAGCAUAUUAUAUAGUCGUAGCUUUGGAGAGUUAAUUGUAGAUAUUGUGAAUGAUAUUGUGAAGUCUCCUGAGACCGCACUGAGCUGGAACAAAGUGUCAUUUUGAGAACCGGAGAAAUUCAGGAUCUGACAUUACAGACACAAACAUGCUGAGCGCCUACUAACUCACUCAAAUGGAAAACUGUGAUUUUGCUUCUUUUUGUGAUGUGUCUAUGGGGAUUUUGUUCAUCUUGCUGGUUAUUUGCCCCUUAGAACCACACACACACAAAAAUAAAAUACUGUAUGUGGUUUCAAACUACAUGGAAUAAAUGAAACUGUAGGUUUGUCUAUGGUAAAUAUAGUUUUGAAUAAAAUUGGAAAUAAAAAAGAA